AUGGAUUCCACCGAAGAAUUGCAACAGUUAGAAAUCACUGCGUUAAGGUCCAUCUACGCCGAAGACUUUGUUGAAUGUCCACCACCUAAAGCUUGGAAGUCUUUGAUUCUGAAGGUCGUGCAGGGUGCUGGUAGAUUGCCACAGUUUAUCAUCAAGGUCCCACACCCGGAUCCAGCGCACGCAUCGAAAGUGAACGCACAACUUCUUGUCAAAUUUCCGAAAACAUACCCACACCUUGCAUGUCCUACAUUUACGCUACAGAAGCCCGCAAAAGGCUUGACGAACGAACAAUUAACGAAGCUAUCACAAUCUAUCAAUGGAGAGGCGCAGAAACUUCGGGGGUCGGAGAUGGUAUUCUCGAUCGUCACGUUCUGUCAAGACUGGAUAUCGAACAACGUAACGCCCCCAGUUGAGGUUGUCGGUUCUUUGGCAUUACAAAUGAACCAGCGUGCAAUGGAUGAGGAGAAGGCACGAAAGCAAAGGGAAGCAGAAGAAGCAGAGAGGGAACAAGACAGAGCCGUUAAAGCUGCGCAAGAGCUCGACGAGCAAAUCCAAGCGGACCAUGCAAUGCGCCAGCUCAUCGCUCGGGAACAACAAUACAAGGCGAGCCGGAAACGCGCUAAUUCAGAGGCGACGGAGGUUCCUCUGUCGAGCGAUACCCCGAUAGAGACGUUCAGUCAUGAGGUGGAGGUCGGUGACGUGUAUUUCAAUACGGUGAAGCUGUUUCAUCCCCGAACGGACGGGCUUGGGGUGGUGUAUAUGGCUGAUCCGAUGGUGGAUGACGUGAGCACUACGCUCCCAUUGGAGUUGUACGUCGUGACGUUCGAGGACCCAUAUUAUUCGUCCAACCAGGGACGGAAGAAGCUCAAACAAGUCGAAGCCGAGAUCCAGCGCCUCACGACCGUCCGGCACCAGAAUCUCAUCAGCGUUUUCGCCGUCAAAUUGAACAUACCGCACUCCAGCGGACCUCCGCAGCUGAUGGUCCUCUCGGAGCAACGUCCAGCGUUGACGCUACACGACGUACUGCAGGAUUGUGAUUCUCUGAAGGAGGAGAGGGCUUCAGAUUAUCUGGGCCAGAUAUUGUCAGGAUUGAACGCUGUGCAUGGUGCGGACCUAGUCCAUCGAGGUAUCAACGCGGGGUGUAUCGGUCUUGCGCCGAGGGACACUCCUUCGUCUUCAAAGCUCGUGAAACUGGCAAGGGUGGCGUACCAUACUCGGCUUCUGGACCUGCAUCGCUCAAACUCCUUUGGCCCGCACACGCCCCCAGUGGCGGAUGAGCCUCAGAUCUCUGACGAGUGGCUAUCGAAGGACGUGAAGAACGAAUCAUCGUUACUGUACACUCGCCAACGAGACCUCCACGCAGUAGGCAUCGUUCUGCUCCAGAUGCUCAUGAGCUUGAACGUCACAGAGAUAUUCCCAGACGUCCAGGGUGCCAUCUUCGCUCUAUCCGCUUCCCCCGUACUUGCAAGACAAGCAUCUUCCAUGCUCAUCCCCCCUAAGAAAGGUCAAGUGACCUGCUUGUCCCUGCUGUCUGAAUUGGCAGAAGCGUCAUGCCAGAGCCCAGUGACGGGUAGGAACCCGAAGACACCGAUGAACUUUGGUUCACCCGAUCUGGAGUACUUCAGGAUGCCGGCAUCUGCUGCCCGCUCGCAUACCAGCCGGUGGAAGGAGGAUUGGGAGGAGCUGGAGUUGUUGGGCAAAGGCGCCUUUGGCUCAGUCGUCAAAGCUCGAAAUAGGAUCGACUCGAGGAUCUACGCAGUUAAGAAGAUCCGUCUCCGAACAAUGCAAAGCGACAGCAAGAUCUUCCGCGAAGUCAACGCUCUCAGCCGGCUCUCCCAUCGUUUCAUCGUCCGGUACUACACCACCUGGGUCGAGACCGCCGAACCCACAUCCACCGCCGCCUCAGACGACUCCAGUGCGGAAUCAACAGAUGAGGACGGGAUGACCUCUGUCCCCCACCCCAUGUCGAAUGGAGGCCGACUUAACGGCGGGUUUAGCAUCAACAUCGAGGACUUUGAUGAUCUCUCCGAGUCGAGGUCGUCGUUCCCUAGUAUACAUUUUGAUAGAUCGAUGUCGCCGACUGGAGAGGAUACUAGUAGCGGGGAGGAGGAGGGGGACGAUGCUUUUGGGAGUCUGUUCAAGUCUUCGGGAAGUUCGAGUAUGGUGCAGGAGUUUGUUGAGCGUCAGACGUUGAAGGAGAGACUUGAUGAGGGUAUCUCGGAGGAUGAAGCGUGGAGGCUGUUCCUGCAGAUCGUUGACGCCCUUGUUCACAUGUCUACAUUAGGCAUCUUGCAUCGUGACAUCAAGCUUACCAACAUCUUCAUUGGCAAGUCGAACGUUCACUCCUAUGCCAAAGGAGACUGUAAAGUUGGUGACUUUGGCCUCGCAACAUCUAGUCUGGCCGCUGUCGACCCGUCGGAUGUGUCUCAUCAUGUAGCUACCCUCGAAGCUGAUAUGACUUUGGAGGUCGGUACCCGCCUGUACAUCGCCCCCGAAGUUCAGUCCAAGAAACGAGGACCAAGGAAUCACAACAAGGCUGACAUGUACAGUCUUGGUAUCGUGUUCUUUGAGAUGAACUACAUGUUCUCAACGGGCGCAGAGCGGAUUGUCGUCCUGGAGGAUCUGCGGAAACCGGGCGUUUUCUUCCCCCACGCAUGGGAAGCUCAUCGAACUCGGCAGCGAGAUAUUAUUACCUGGCUCCUUCAGCAUGAUCCUGACAAGAGGCCUACGGCGUUGGAACUUUCUCAGAGCCCGCUACUCCCCCCUCGUUUGGAGGAUGAGUUUUUCAAAGGGGCGCUGAAGCUGAUGGCCAAAUCCGACUCACCUUAUCACCAAGCCGUUCUUACCACCUUGUUCAACCAACCUGUCAGGCCGUCAAGAGGCGUCCUCUACGAUCUCGAAGCUGACCCACCUGAGCACGCCUCUUUGAAUGACACCGUUCAAGACCGUUUGGCUGCGAUCUUCCACCUUCACGGAGCUGUGGCUAUGGAGCCGCCCCUUCUCAUGCCUGUUCUGGAUCCGGAGGACGAGAAGAGUCGAGCAACGUUCGUCGACCGUCAUGGGGAUGUCGUCACAUUACCCAACAACAUCCUCGUCCCUUUUGCGAGGCUCGCUGCUAGGGGGAAUAUCAAGCGGAUCAAGCGUUAUCAUAUCACCAACAUCUAUAGACCUAAUCCCGUGGCGGGUCAUCCACGAGUCUCAAAGGCCGCUAUAUUUGAUAUUAUCACGCAAGAUCUGGGGUCGGGCCUUGUCGCCGCCGGAGCUGAGAUCAUAGCCAUCGCGAAUAACUGUCUCAAUAGCUUUCCAAACCUUUCUCAGAACUACGACAUUCACAUCUCCCAUUCUUCUAUCGUCGAGUUGACGAUGAGCCGAGUACCUGCUGGACAGAGGGAUGCCGUCGUGGAAAUCAUCAACCAGUCGAAGUCUUUGCCAACCCAGAAGCGGGCGUUGUUAUUGAAGAAAGGUCUUCUUCGUAGCACUGCAGAGGAGCUGGAGAUAUUGUCGGAAACUGAUGACGAUAUCGAUGAUGUGUUAUCGAGGCUGGAGAAAGUCUCUCCCGCUCUCCUUUCGCUCUUGCAGCCUGCGGUAGAUGAGGUGAAGGCUACUUUGCAGUUCGCUUUGUCGGCCGGGGUUACGCGUCAAAUCUACUUUCAUCCUCUCAUGCUGGGUAGCCACCAUACACACUUCAAAGAUGGAGUCAUCGUGGAAAUCGUUCGGAAGAACAAGCACACGGACGUGCUUGCAGCUGGUGGCCGCUAUGACAACCUCAUCACUCGUUACUCCCCUCUGAAGCAAAAGUCCGAAAUUUGCGCUAUGGGCUUGCAAAUCGCAGUGGAGAAGAUUACGAUGGCGCUCGCCUCUUUCCAGGGUGCAUCCGUCAAGACCCUGGUCAAGGAAGGACGUUCGUUUGGCUUCUGGAGCCCGAGGAGAUGUGAUGUGUAUGUUGUUUCGUACCAUCCUGGGUAUUUGCAAGAUCGGUUAGAGGUUGUUGCGUACCUCUGGCAACACAAUAUCAGCGCCGAUAUUAUGUAUGAAUCGGGAUUGCCUGAAGCGGACCAUGAGAGCCACGUCGACCUAUGUGAAAGGGAGGGUAUCUUAUUCACUGUGUAUCCUCGUCCUCGCACGGGGCGUAGAGAUCAUCCCGCCUUCAAAGUCAAGAGCAUUCUGAAGGGCACUGAAUACGAACUCUCAAGACAAGAGCUCGUGGGAUGGCUACAACAUCAUAUCGCAGAACAGAAGCGAAUCGAUACUGCAACCUCUGGUGCUCCCGUCGUUUCCGAGAGUGUACCUGGACUCCUACCAACGAAGGACACCCCAGUCUCCUCUGACGUCCAACUACUCCUCCCCAUAGAUAUCAAGAAGCAGCGAAAGCAGGUCAAGCAACUUUUCCUUGACCGAGCUUUCGAGACCAGUACCCAAAUCAAGUCCGCCAUCCAGAGCGGCAUGCCCACGCUCGCCAUUGACGUCACGCCGACGAUUUUCGACGCCAUGGUCAAAUCGCAGAGUUGGAUUACGGACGAAGACGCCUGGAAGCCUAUUGCUGCUGCUUUCCCUACCCAACAUUCGGCUUACGCCCAACAACUCAGAGAGGCUAUUCUUAAACGCAGGUCGGAAGGCCACCCAUUUAUAUUGCUGUUCGCUGUUCGUGAGGAACGCGUUCAGCUGCUCACGCUUGCUUGAUUUUCAAGAUUGAUGAAUGUAUUACCAUUUCAUGUUUGUAACAACUAUACCUUUUUUGUAUCAUGACCCUCUAACCAAUCUUGUAAUACGCAUAACCAAUCUCAUCUUCUUUUCGCGCUUCUGCGUUUUGAAUUCACAA